AUGGCAAGGAAAUCAAUCAACAUGAAACCACUCUUUCAGGAACAAGAUGUUGUUUUCUAUGAAGAAGGAGGUAAUGAUUUCUCUAACUGGGAAUUCAUUAACGAGUCUGAUGCUGAUUCGGAUACUGAUUCUUUGCACAGCCUUGAAAAUGGCUUUGUUUCUUGGCCUGUGCCAAGAUCACCGAAAACAAGCGAAGAGAUAGUAUCCCAAGACACCCAACAAGACCAAGAUGUUGUCUUUCUUGUCAAUUCUCAUGAUCAUGAAGAUGACGACGACGACGAUGAUGGUUGUGUUUAUCGUGUGAAGCCUAUAUUGUUUCCUGCUGUAAGGGUUCGGUAUGGGAAUGAGGUUGAGGAUGCUGAUGAUGAAGACGAGGAGGAGGAUGGGUAUGGGUUAAAUGAUGAGCUGGUCCCAUGGAAUGUGAGUGGGAAGGUGUGUUCAUGGAAAGCAUGGAUUGGGCUUGAAGGCUUAGCAGAGGAAGAGAUUGAAGGUAAAAAUGUGGUCGGGGUGGAGAAAAAUGGGAUCUUUGAAUUUGGUACUGUUGUUGAUGAUUGGUAUGGUUUAUCUCUGCGUGUAUGUGCUUGGUGGGGAAUGGGGGAGGUUUUUGAUGGAAUUGCUUGGAAGGAUUUGAGCUUGAAAUGGGUGCUUGUUGGAUCCUGA